AUGGCGUGGCAGAGGCCUAAUUGCAUCGUUCAGGCGGUGCGGUCGGUCCGAACAGCUCAGUUGCAGUCCAUCCUCCGAACCUCCACAGUUGCUUCAGGAAGCUCGUUACAACAGCGAAAAGGUACACGAAGUUAUGCAACUGAGGUCCAAACCGCCGGUGGAAAUGCUCUCCAGGUACGAGCAGCCCCCGAGAUCGAUUUCUCCCAACUUGCUACUCGUCCUGCUCGGGUCAUUCCCGCAUCACCGGCCUACUUCUCCGGCAGUCCCAAGUUCAUCGAUCAUUUAUUGAAUUUGGAACGUAUCUGCGCCAAGUACGCAUCGCUACCUACGGUGUCCCCAAGCGAAGCUCCUCGAAUGGCAUGGUUCAAACUCGCACAGUUCCGUGACUUUGUCGGCGAGCCCGUACCGACGAAGAAAUACAAGAGCUUGGUCAAGAUUCUGCAGCGACUCAAUCGCAUUGACCCUGCCCUUCUCCCCGGGGAAGUCCGCGACACCUUGAAGACCUUUCUUCGGCCUGGUAACCCGUACGGAAAUAAGCCGGCACCGGCGACAGUGGACGAGAUGGGCCGAGCUCGCGGCAAGGGGAAGCGCAAGACCUCGUCGGCGGUGGUCCACCUGGUCGAAGGCGAGGGUGAGGUCAUGGUCAACGGCAAGACGCUGACAGAAGCUUUUCCCCGUCUGCACGACCGUGAGAGCGCAACUUGGCCGCUGAGAUGCACGUCGAGACUAGACAAAUAUAAUGUGUGGGCUACUGUUCGAGGAGGUGGAGUCACUGGUCAGGCAGAGGCCAUCACAUUAGCCCUUGCACGGGCACUGCUCGUCCACGAGCCUGCGCUGAAGCCGAUUUUGCGAAAAGCUGGUGUCAUUACCGUCGAUGCUCGUCGCGUCGAGAGAAAGAAACCCGGUCACGUCAAGGCUCGCAAGAUGCCAACCUGGGUCAAGAGAUGA